AUGAGUGGUUUUGAUCGUUCAAGCCGAGAUAUUAGUCUUAAUGGAACUAUAUUGAGAGCUACUUGUAAACAGGCUGAUGGUACAACGGAUUCGCAUGCAACACUCGAUCUUAACUCAUGCAUUGCCAACAUUAACGGAAAAUUAGUUCCCAGAUCUGGUGGAAAUUUUGCUGCAUCAUGCAGUCAAAUUCGUUUACAUGGCACAAUACUUAGUUGUAUGGCAAAUGGCAUUGAUGGCAAUGAGGUUCCAGCCCAAAUCAAUCUCUCAAAUUUCAUCGCAAAUACCGAUGGAGAACUUGUUCCCAGUGAGUGA